GAUGUCACGUUCCAACUUUGCGCGCUCACAAAGCAAAGUUUGGUUCGGCAAUGAGCCGGACAGUGGACCGUACGGAGGGUUCCGACCCUACGGCUACCAUCUUCACAGUGGACCAAUGUCACGGCCAACAUAUCCCACCUUCCACGACCUGGAGGAGGAGGACGAGCUGAUCGAAGAACAGCAAACGAAUGCGAAAAGUGCCCCGAGCGCCAACAGCUGGGCCGAAACGAACCGCCAGGGAAGUCCGGCCAGUCACAAAAGUCAAGACUCUGGGUUUUCGGACACGGAAACAUCCUUGAACGCGGGCGGCAGCAGUCUGGCGAAACGGGGCAUCAUAAAUGAUAGUCAGUCGUCCUCCGGGGCCACUGACAAGCUUACACCAAAGAGAAGCGCAAACGAGGAACUGUUUGCACGGUCACCAUCUCUCAACAGUAGUGCACCGACACCGCCAACAGUGAUCCGGAGGCCGGCAGCAAUUGAGGUUGGCGAGAAAGCUGCGGCCGGCCGUCGGUUGUCGUAUAGCGAAUCAACCGACGUACAAGCACCAGACAGUCCUCGUAAUGUGUCACUGAAGCGUGGCCGUGUCAUCACGAAAAACAGUCGCGUGAAGCGCAAUCUCAGUGAGCAGUUGAGCAAUUCUAGUGAGGAAAUGAUCUCAUUAGACAGCAGUGAGCUGUCGAAUAUUCUUAAUCGAACGAUACACGAAGCUUCCGAACCGGUGUCCGAAGCGGAUGCCAAUAAUAACGCGAUUAAGGGUGAGCCUGUAGAGCUGCCGACGUACUCCGAACUUUAUCCGUCCCGCGGCACCUCAACGCCUAUCCGUGGACAGUCGAAGCUGUACCGAUCGUUACCACUGUCACCGACCCAGCGAGCACCACCCGUUCGACCUGUUGCGGCUCCCUCGGGGACAGAUAAUUUCUACGACGAACCGAGUAAUACCACCUCAAGCACCGUGAGUGAGCAUGGACUUUAUUACACGAUCUACGACAAUCCACUGCUGAAUGGACAUCAGCCAGCGGUACAGGGCUGGCUGGAUGGGUUGCGAUUCUCGUGCCAAAGUGAAGUGAUGUCGAUACUGCAAACCAAAUCGAUAGCGACCGAAGCGGGACGAUCGCUCAAGCUAACGUCAACUGUGGCGGUGAAAAUAUUGCGCCAUUUGCAGAGCAAGGUGGCCACCUUGCAAGGAACGUUCGAAAGGGUGGAGAAGCUUUUUGCCGCUAUUCGGAAGUACCAAACACAGCAGGAAAGCAACGAUGAGGAGGACGAGGAGGAUGAGAAAGAGAUCUACCAGAAGGUGGCACCGUUUGUGCAAGGGCUUGCGACCGAUAUCGAUGUGUUCUUGCGGAAGCAGCAAGGAACGGAUUACUUCGGACGGGAAGCUUCCGAACGUGAAGAUCGAAGGAAGUUUGCGGAAAAUGCUCGUUCGCUGGCGGACAUGCUGGCAGAUCUACGAGCGGCUGCCUCAAGUACGGACACUUUCGACUAUCGUUCGGUAGAAGAGGAAAUACAGAUCGUGAAACGAUACUUCCUCAUCACGGUGCGAUUGAUCUUCAAGCAUCUAGUGAGGGUAAUCGUGGAUGCUGUGGAAGGUGCUCGCUGUGAAUUGAUCCUGCGCUCCAAUCUCAGUUACGUUGCCAGUCUCUCCAAUCUGGACUACGGUGGAUUAGCUUCACUGAACGAUGCAUUCAUAGCGAAUGGAACGGUUCGAGUGUUGCUGUUGGUGUGCGUCGAAUCGAAACUUUCGUCCGUGCGGGCACUUGCCCUGAGGGCCCUGGCGACCGUCUGCUCUACGACGGAAACAAUUCGCCAGCUGGAGCGGGCCGAUGGACUUGAGGUAUUGCGCGAUAUCCUUGCAGCGGGUGAUGCGGACCGUACCGAACCGGAGCUACGGGAGGCAGUGUCGGUGUUAACGCAGAUUACUGCACCUUGGCACGGUGAGGAACAUCGGUUGGAGGGAUUGAAGCAGUAUGUCCAUGCCAUCGUCGAAGCAAUCACCGAGAUCAUCGUGAAGACAAACUGCUGCCAAACGCUGCUGCUCUGCUCGGCCAGUCUGAACAACAUGACGCGCAUUGAACCGACGGCUGUGUACUCGGUGAUGUCACAGGAUACGGUCGACAAGCUGAGAAUGGCCACCGAGCAGCGUGGUCCCGGUGCAUCCAUCUUUCUCUACGAACAAUUCACCUCGACGCUGUACAACAUGUCGGCUAACUGGAAGUGCCAUCAUCAUCUUACCCACCGGCCGCUGCUCGCCUUUCUCGUGACCGUGCUCGGUCAAAAGUUCUACGACCGUCUGCCGAGCGGUGUAGAAUCCGAGGCUCAGCGUAAGACGAUUCGGAACAUUCUUCACGUGCUGUCGCGAUUACUGUCCGGCGGUAGCCUAUCGUCUGGCACAUCGCUCGAGCUAAUCGAAACAACGAUUGGUCCCGUGUUGGCACGCAUCGAACGGACGCUCGAUGGGCGAAGUGAGCAUUAUCAGGACAUUACCUACGUCAGUCGACGGUGCACCGAAAGUCUUGCUACACGGCCGUCACACCCGAAGGAUGGGUCGGUUGUUGGUGGACAGCAGACGGCAGCAACAGCAGCACCGCACAUUACCCGGCUCACCAUCCACCGGGAUCCGGUGAAUGGGCCGGUGAUGGUGCUGGACAAAAACCGACAGGAAAGUUACGUCUGAAGGCGAUUGAAUUAUUACGUCAGGCCCACGGGUAGCAGAGCUACGGCGAGUGGCAAAGAAACCAAGGAACGCUUGUGCCAUAUAGCGAACGAAGAAUGCUUUCGAAACGAAACGAACGUAUCCUUGCAGUGCCUUCGAGAGGCCAUUACAGGG